AUGAACGAACCGGUGGGGGGAAACGAAGACAAGUUUUUAGACAGUGAUACGAAUGAGGUGAUACAAGAUCCGGAGAAAUAUAUUCUGAAGAUGGGGAAUUUAGACGUGAUCCAUGACUUUUUUGACGAUAUUCAAUAUCUGGACGAAAAAAAAGAAAAAGUGUCUGACAGCGUGAAACCACUGUACGAAGAGUUGAAAAAGGUAUACGAUUGGAACGAGGACGAAAGUGGAAAAAGUAAACCACGAAUUAAAGGAGAUCAGAGAAUGUAUCACGAAUCCAAUGACAAACCGUGCACCACCGAACCGUCAAAAAAUCAAACUGAUCCUUCACAAGUUCACGAUGGUCCGACCGAAACAUCCGCUUCCAGCCCCAACUUACUGCCACUUUUGCUGGUUCACGCCGGAUCGGGGAAAUCCGAAAUUGGCGAGAGAAUUUACCAGAGCGUAUCAUCUGGCGAACGCGAGGGUCCCGCCACUGCUGCGAGCGCCAACGUUUCCCAAAGUAAUUAUUUCGCCCUUAAAAGCACGGACGAUAUGUUUAAAGGCGGGCCGGAGCAAGGCAACAGCACCGGGGAGAAAUUACGAGGACCUGCCCGCGCUAUCGAGACCGCCCGUGAAUGGCAAGCACAAAAGGUGAGCGGGGUGAGAAACGACGGGGCCAAAGGGAGAGACGGCGUGAGCUGGUCAUUAACGGACCGGGGGCAAUAUAUUGACACAGAUUCUCAGCGUUCUCCUUACCGGGAUCGUAAAUAUCCGGCGUUGCCGCAGGAACGCGUCCAAAAUAUAGAUCGCGAGAAACAGACGAUCGUUAGCUCGAGGGACCUGCACGAGUCUUUUGUCGAGCCGGUUGAAUGGUUCGACGAUUUCGACAAAGACGCGAGAGUCAGGCUGGCCAGAGGCUUGAAAACCGUCGAUACCGACGCGUUCGUCCCUCGUCCCGGAUCCGCCACCGCGAAAUACGAAAGAAGUUUGGUUAAUGGUACCAUCGAUAGGGCACGGGAAAUGGAAAAUGGGACGAGUUUAAAGACUGAAGAUUCGGCUGCUCUCGUUAGAUAUUCCCGCUCGUCGUUGGACACUCCGCUGUCCGGUGGCGACAGCAGGGCAAAAAGAGAAAUUGCGUCACCUUACGACACGUAUUACGAGGACGGUGGUCGAUACAAUCGCGAUUACGAGGAGACGGAGGACGACGACGUGGACGACGAACUUCAGUUUUUCAACUCGUACGAAGACGCGGACGAGGAGAAUCGGCUGUUGAACGAGGAAAAUCACGAACGGCACGAUUACUUGGAGGACAAUUACGACGACGGUUACGAGGAGAACGUAGAUUUAAAGAGGAAGGUGCCUGCCCGCGUCGGGAAGAAGCAUCGCAAGAAAGCGUCGAAGAAGAGGAAGAAAAAGGAGCGCGUUGGUAAAUCGAGUGAGAAUCACGAGAAACGGAGGCAUCGCAAGAAGCAUUCGAACGAUUCGAGGAGUCACAAGCGUGGGAAAAGCGCGUCGAAGAGCGGGAGUCGUCGCAACGUUAAAAAGAGCAAAGCCACGCAGAACGAAGGGGCAAGUCGUAGCGAGGAAGAAGUGGAUCGCGACGACGUGGAAGGAGAGGACACGACUAACUCGGACAACGACAGCCAGAGGGAGAAGUUCACUACGCUUCUGAUAACAACCGAUGACAUGGAGGACGAGUCGCAGAUGGACUCUGCUCUUCACGGCGAGCUCGCCGGCAAGAUCGUGCAACAGAUUUUCGAUCAGGUGGAGAAGAACGAGGAGCUGAAGGUGUCGUUAGGACCGGGUCUCUACCAGAAACACAAAACCAAAGACACCGCGGCAGCUGAGAAAUCUUAUCGCGAGACGCUCAACGACGACGACAUCAGGAACACGAAAGAGUUGCUGAAUAGAAUAAUGCUGCUUCUGAAUCGGCUGAUCUUCGACGAGGUGCAGAGAAAGACCUGCAUCUCCCUGCCAUCGGAUCUGAUCGAGUUCUUGAACUGGAUGUUGCAAGUGGACACGCAAGCGAUUUCAUUGGGACAACCGCCGGCGUUGCCAUUAAUGCACGAAGAAGAUCAAGACCAUUUUCACCGGGACAAGUUUCUCUUUCAAAGUUUCCCAAACGACAGAGUCGAGGCCGAGAUUAAUGAACUGUACGCGAAGAUCGAGUUGAUAAAAAGCCUGAUAAAGGAAUACAGUGCUCUAACGGACAAGGACAAAGCGAAGAUCGAAUCAAUUCAGGAGUAUCUGUCGAAGCAACUGGAUUUGCUGCUGGUGUACAUCGAAGCGAGAAAGGAAGCCGAGAAGAAAAGCAGGGGCACUCUUCAGUAUCAAAUAGGAAUGAGCAACGCGAGUAACGCGAGCUACUCGACCGAGCCGGAUAGUUUUUCGCCUUUAAUGAACGCGCUGCCGAACCUCCUGAACGAGCAACUUUUUCAAGAAAACGGCAUUGGCGUACCUCGCCGAGGACGGGAGAGGGUAACAAGAAGCGUGGACAAGCGUGCGAAGUAUAAUAAGACUCGAAGGAAGCGUAAGAAGCGCGGAAAGAAGCACGGCGAGCGUCACAAAGGCGCGAGUGCCAUUGAUCAGUCGCGACGCGAGGACAGCGAACGGCCGGCAACUCGCGAGAAACGCGAAUACCUGGACAAAGCCUUUUGGGAUUCUCUCGAUUCGGGAUACGAGGAGCCUUUAAUUUACCAUUCGAUGAACAUGAGCGUCGAGUCGAAUGCUAACGGCGAGACCGAGAUUAAGAAAGAGGAGAAGAAGCUGAAAGACGCGGGAGGCAAAAAGUAA